AUGGUUCCAGCACCGGCUUCAUCCGCAGAUCAACGAUUGGCGAAUACAGCACGGAUGGAAGGACAUAAUCGCAUCUUACCCAAUUCCUCGCUCCUGGACCACCUCAAACCUCCCGGGGCAGGACUCAGCGAGACACAGCAACGAGUUUAUUUGGCACUGCUUUUUACCAUCAACAACGAUUUCUUCGCAUUCAAGGACAACAGGCACGCCAGCAAUGCCUACCUCCACAUGUUAAUGCACUCAGCAGACGCGGGGCCGUACGAAGAUUUCACGCUGCAAUGUGUCGGGGCGAAGCUGCCGUCCCUACCAAUGCUUCUCGCAAUUUCUCACCAUGUGGCCGAGACAUAUUACGCUCAAGGAAAUGCAACAGGUGGAGCAACCUCGGCGGAAGAAGUCUUUCGAUUCGUGGAAUUGACCAUGAUGACGAGCACAGGCCGUCGGGACGCCGUCCUCAGGGCUCUGUGGUCUUGGGUGACCAGCCCGGACCGAGCAAUUUUGUGUUGUCUACAUACUGAACAGCUCGAGGCCAUGUUGGAGGAGAUCGAAAACUUGCAGAGCCGCAGAAGGGCAAGCCAUGACGAACACACUCCAAUCCGUGACGAUGACGACAACGUCGAUAACGGGCCCCGAUUUCUGCCCUUGUACGCAAACUGA